UGUAUAUUCCCCAUUAUUGUUGGUUUCAUUUUAAUUGACGCCGCUUUUUGCCAGGAUUACCAUUUUUCUUUUAAAUUUUUAGCAUCAUGUCACCACGCGGGAGGCGAUUGAGCCCCAAAACUUUAUGCACCGAUAUCGUUGACGAUGAAAGAAUUAUUCGCGAGUCCUGGACAUUUUGUGAUCUCGUUCAACAUAUUUCGACAAAUGAUAAGGCAAUUGCCUGGUUGGCGAAAUAUAAGCUUAUAAGCAAUUCUGUUACAUGUCCAGCUUGUGGGAACCCGUGUACAAUCAUCGGCUAUAAGCAAGGAAUUGACGGAAAACGAUGGAGAUGCCCAAAUCAUAAUUUCUCUCGAUCGAUUCGUAAAGGAUCCGUUUUCGAGAACAGUCGUCUCUCGUUGACAACAUUUACAUGGCUUAUGUAUAUGUGGUCGAGGGAUUAUCUGCUUUUCGAAAUGGGCCAUGAGACAAACGUUUGUAUGAAGUCGAUUAUCGAUCUGAUCCGACUGGUCCGAGAAUUAUUAGAACGGUUCCUAGAAGAUCAUCCGGCUGAAUUAGGUGAUGUCCCACCCGAGAUUGGAGGGUUCGAUUUAGAGACAGGUGAACCAAAAAUCGUUGAAAUAGAUGUAACUAAAUUUGUUAAAUCUAAACGUAAUGAAAAGAAACAUGCGAAAGAAUUUUGGAUUUUUGGUGGAAUCGAACGGGGAACUGAGAAAUGCUUUCUAGUACCUAUUGAGUAUCAAAAUAAAGAAGCUUUCGAAGCUGCAAUUAUCCGAUGGAUUUUACCAGGUACCCACAUUGUGUCUGAUAUUUGGGCAGAAUAUCUGGAAAUUGAUCAAAUCCAACAAGGCAUAUAUACUCAUGAAUUAAUAGAUUAUGAUUCAGAAGACACAGAAAUCCACACCAGAAAUAUAGACAAGUUGUGGAUAAGAUUAAAAAAACAAUUUCAAAGAAAACAUAUUAAAUUUCUAUUUCAGUCUUUCUUAACGGAAUUUACAUGGAGGGCUCACUUUAAAAAUACUGACAAAUUUGCUGCUCUAAUCUAUUGUAUAAAACACUUGUAUAAAGUUUAAUAAAGUUCUUGUUUUAUU